CAGAAAAUUUCUAUAUUUGCAAAGACAGAACAGAUUGUGAACAGUCUCGCUGGAUUCAAAACAUUUCCUCAGGCUCUUGGCACUUUUUAUUCACCACCUGCACCUCACCCCUGCCACUGCCUCCCCACAAGAAGAUUUGCUCCAUGUAAUUAGUGAAAUGUGAUAAGGUAGCGGUUGGUGCAAUUAAGAAAGCAUGGCUUAAGCUUGGAUUUGUUGUGUCUCUUAAGUCAGUCAGUGGUGAAUGCAGAGCUGUUGCUGCUCCUUUACAGAAUGGGCCAAGCUGCUACCUUGCCUUCUAGAAGAGGGGAGUCUUAUGUUACGGAGCUGUACGAAUGGUUCAGAAAGUUUAUUAAUGAAUGUCCAAGUGGGCUGAUCACUCUUCAUGAGUUUCAAAGGCAUUUCUGUAAUGGAACAGGAGGCAGUGAAUCGGCUGAGUAUGCAGAACAGAUAUUCCGCACACUGGACAGUAACGGGGACGGGGUGGUCGACUUCAGGGAAUACGUCAUGGCCAUCAGCAUGCUUAUUGAAGGCUCAGCUGUGGAGAAGCUGCGGUGGUCUUUCAAGCUUUAUGAUAAAGACAGAGAUGGAACCAUUACCAGGGAGGAAAUGUUGGAGAUCAUGCAGGCUGUUUAUAAGAUGAGCGUAGCAGCUGCUUUAACCAAACCCAACCCACUUACAGCUGAAGAAUGUACCAACAGGAUAUUUCUGCGAUUAGAUAAAGACAAUAAUGCCAUCAUCAGUCUGGAGGAGUUCAUAAACGGAGCGCUGGAUGAUGAUUGGAUCAGAGAGAUGCUGGAAUGUGACCCCAGCACCGUGAGGGUGGAGAGGCCCCUGAGGAGGGACACCGUUUUGGGGACCCACGGUUGACCUGAAAUGGGGUAUUCUGUUCACUGGGAGCAGAUAAAUAAACCUGCCAUUGUUUGGACUGAAACUUCCAGGAAUCUUUACGGCACCACAGCUUCUAUUCACUGUGACAGAUUAUAUUGUGGCCUGUUGAGUAACCUUAAGGUAGACACUGGAGAGCACCAGAAAAUUUAUGGUUAUAUGGUUUUAUCAUGUUAUAUGAAAAGCAUUUUCUGCCGCCUUGUUGACAUUUGUAUCAGUGUUUACUUAAGUUCUAUUCUGGGUGUUUUCUUUGUUGUGUUAUUUAGUGUAGUUCACAUCACUUGUGUUUAUCUGAGCCUGAUUGAAUUGCUUUCUAGAAAACAUGACUGUCGUCAGAAAAGAACACUGUACGGUCCUUGCUCAUAGUAUUACAUUUCCACUUUGUACUUGUUGUCAGAUUAACUUGCACCAGACAAAAGACCUAAAACGAAUAGUCAAAUCAAUGUGUUGUUAUUGCAUUAGCAAUGAUGUUGUCCCUUGACUGCCUGAGAACCUGUCACGUCUGUCCUACAAAUCCUUAGUAAUCAGUUUAUGUCUGGUGUCCAGUUUUGAGCCUUAGCAAUAGAUGCUUAAGCCUUAACAGUGAUGGAAUUUACUCAGUACAUUUAUUCAAGUAUUAUAUGUAAUUAUAAUCUUGAGUUAUUUGUACUUUGCUUGAGUGUUUCCAUUUUACUCCACCACUACAUUUCUCAGACAGGUAUAGUAACUAAUUACUUUGCAGACAGAUUAAAACUUUUUACCUACAAUACACAUAACCAGAUAAAAUAAUACGAUGC